AUGGACAUCAGUCCAUCAAAAGAUCAGAACCAGACAAGUGUCACUGAAUUUCUCUUGAUGGGCUUCUCUAUUGGCCAAAACAACCAGACUCUUCUCUUUGUCAUAGGACUGUUUGUCUAUUUGUUAACUUUAGCUGGGAAUCUAACCAUCAUUACAUUGAUCAGGAUAGACCAGCAUCUCCAAACUCCCAUGUACUUCCUCCUUGGCAAUCUCUCUUUUGUGGAGAUCUGCUGCACUUCCACUAUUGCCCCCAAAAUGCUAUUGGACCUCUUGUCAGGGGACAAGACCAUCUCCUAUAGUGGAUGUGCACUACAACUGUAUUUCUUUGGUACUUUUGGGAGCACAGAAUGUGUCCUUCUCUCAGCCAUGGCCUAUGAUCGUUAUGCAGCUAUCUGCCACCCCUUGCACUACACUCUGCUCAUCAACCAAACAGUACGUCGAUAUUUUUUGGCAGCCUCCUGGACUAUUGGCCACUUCAAUUCCACUAUUAACACAGCUAUGGUCUUUUCCCUACAUUUCUGCCACUCCAAUGAAAUCAACCACUUCUUUUGUGACAUUCCUCCCUUACUACACUUAUCUUGUUCUGAUAUCUUCAUCAGCCAGAUGGUGACCUUCACUAUCUCUGGGAGUAUUAUGAUUGUGUCAUUUGGCUUGAUUCUUCUUUCCUAUAUUCUCAUUGUCUCCUCUGUCCUCAAAAUCCGCACUGCUCGUGGUAGGAUCAAGACAUUUUCUACUUGUGGAUCACAUCUCACUGUGGUGAGCAUCUUCUAUGGCACCCUCAUUUAUACCUACAUACAGCCUUCGUCCACUCUCUCUAUAGAAGAAGACCACCUCAUUUCUGUGCUAUACACCAUCAUUAUACCACUGCUCAACCCCUUGAUCUAUAGCUUCCGAAACAAGGAAGUGCAACGGGGUCUUUGGAAAAUUCUUAGGAAGAGCAGGUCAUAG